AUGACUAAGCGGAGCGGUCCGAGUGCGUCGGCAUCAAAAAAAAUUCCUCCGACCACAGCAUUCACGAUUAAAGCAUCUAACGCCUAUCGACAACCCAAUACCGCCAAAAUGCAUCUUAUGUACACCCUCGGUGCCGAUGGCAAGCGUAUCUACACCUUGAAGAAGGUCGUUGAGGGCAAGGUCUCCAAGUCCGCUCACCCUGCUCGCUUCUCUCCCGAUGACAAGUACUCUCGUCACCGUGUUACCCUCAAGAAGCGUUACGGUCUCCUGCUCACCCAGCAGUCCGAGGCUGCUCCUGCCGUUUAA